ACUGCGGACACAGUACAGGGGAUGACCAGAGACUGCGGACACAGUACAGGGGAUGACCAGGAGCAGGGGCGGAAUGACCAUUUGGAAACUCGGGCACUGCCCGAGGGCCCGGGGUCAGUAGGGGGCCCCAUCAGAUGCCCCCGGAGCCUGCAGACAUAGUACAGGGGAUGACCAGGAACCUGCAGACAGUACAGGGGACGACCAGAGACUGCAGACAGUACAUGAGAUGACAAAGAGACUGCAGACAGUACA